AUGGCAUCCGCAAACUCGCGCCCGCUGCAAGUUGUGGUAUAUAACGAGCAAAAACGACAGCAGAUAGCGGCACAGGAAGCAACCGUCCAGAAACUGAACCUCCAGGAGGACGUGCAGGCAUUUCUGAACAAAGACACAGGAAUCUAUCUCCUUCCUCGCACCUGGAAUCGAGCUAGCAUUGUCAAAGACUUCACUGAAGCCAGUAACUUCCCGGCCCUGGCCAAGACCGUGAUUGGAGGAGCCAUAAAGAAAAUCAAUGCCGUCACUACCCCUGAUGCAUUUGGGGCCGCCUCCAAUCUUCUGGAAAAGGUCGCUCAUUAUGCACAAGAUGGAACGUACGAAAUCAUUGGCAUGGCCGUUCAAAAGGAGCAUGAGAGCAAGGCCGACGGCAACCUUGCACGAAGCCUAGGAAAGCAGUUCGUUCUCCUCAGCACCACUCUGGCUAAAGGUGCCAUUGCAAACCUUCCUGGAAUCAUAGCAAGCACCUUGUUUACUAUCAUCGUGUACAUACACGAGAAGGGAGAGGAAAAGCAGAAGGAAUGGAAUGCGGAGUUGGCAACGAUUCUCGACCAGAAGCUGGAGAAAAUACGCCAAGACGUGACCGAUAAAAUGGCUGCCAGCUUCAGGAAGCGUGUUGAGAGCAUGCUCAUGUCAGGUUUCGCUACAGACGUGUUCGACAACACUGUUUAUGGCUUCUACAAGUGGACCGAUGGACGAGCGGUCGAAUGGAGGAACAGCCAUCUCAUUCAAAUGCGCGAGAAUGUCCAAGCGAAUAUCGACAUCUAUAUCACCCCUUCUGAUCUGCUUUGGGCCGCGGGCAUAAGGAAACUGCUACCAGGAAGCGAGCUCACUAAGAAACAAAUUGAUGACAUGAACGAAUACCUGAAGGAGCAAGUGUAUGACAAGGUUGACUAG